UCCAUUGAGUUACACACGCCGGAGAACCUCCACAAGUUUCGCCUGGAAACAGCGUCCUGUGACUUCAGAGAAAGGAGAAUUUAGUCCGACUUUUAUUUCAAAAGAGGCAGGAGUUUUUCAGGACGAUAUCUGUGUUUAUUUUACACACACAAGAGAAGGGGAGACCCGGUGACUGAACGCUGACUGAGCCUUGCUGUCCCGGGGGAGCCGUUUUUGUUUAGGGUUAACCUCAUUGUGAAUACCACUGGCGCGGUUUUUCCUCAGCCUGGAGAGUUUUUGAGAAAUAUCACCGAAUACUUUCAGCCUGACGUGUUUUCAGAGAGCUGGUUGAAGCUGUGAUGAGGAGGGAAUUAAACAGCGGUGAAGCGCCAGACGGAGACAGCGAAAGCUAAGCUCAUCUCUGCGACCAUCGGUGGUCAACGGCCACAGAUCGACCGUUAAUAUCCAGGCUGUUCGUUGCAGUGAGUCAGUAUCAUGGAGGCAGGCAGCGGGGCUGCCGCAGCGGUGGGGAGUGCAGCGCUAGGACUGCUGGGAGCCGCAGCCACGUCCAGCCAUGACAUCUUGGACAGGGGUCUGAGGUCAGUACGUCAUCUGGAGGACGACGACAUCGUGCCUGAGCUGGCUCACAUCCACCCCCGAGAGAGACCAGACUGGGAGGAGACCAUCAGUGCCAUGGCGAGGAGUGCAGAGAUCCCCGAGCUGAGGACCGAGCCUCUCAUGCGCUCCUGCAGCAGCAGCACGGCCAGCAUGAAGGUCAAGAAUGUCAAGAAACUCUGCUUCACAAAGGGCCACUUCCCAAAGCUGGCAGAGUGUGCUCACUUCCACUACGAAAACGUCGACUUUGGCACAAUCCAGCUCUCCCUCGGGGACGAACAGUGCGAAGUGACGCGGAACGGCUACGAGUCCAAGGAGCUGGUGUACCUGGUUCACAUUUACUGCCAGGGUCGGAGCUGGAUCGUGAAGCGCAGCUAUGAAGAUUUCCGCGUCCUGGACAAACACCUUCACCUCUGCAUCUACGACCGACGUUUCUCCCAGCUGCCUGAGCUGCCUCGAUUGGACAGUCUGACGGAUCAGUCAGAGUCCGUUUCCCAGAUGUUGUUGGCUUACCUCUCCCGGCUCUCAGCCAUUGCUGACAACAAGAUCAACUGUGGACCGGCCCUCACAUGGAUGGAGGUUGACAAUAAGGGGAAUCAUCUGCUCGUCCAUGAAGAGUCGUCCAUCAACGUGCCAGCCAUCGCUGCAGCCCACGUCAUCAAGCGUUACAUCGCCCAGGCUUCAGACGAGCUGUCAUUCGAGGUUGGAGACAUCGUGUCAGUGAUUGACAUGCCCCCUAAAGAAGACACCACGUGGUGGAGAGGCAAACAUGGCUUCCAGGUUGGUUUCUUCCCCAGUGAGUGUGUGGAGCUCAUCAACGAUAAAGUGCCGCAGUCUAUGACCAACACCGUGCCAAAACCAGCCUCCCCCUGCUCUGGCCUGCAGCCCGCUUCUUGGAGUCUCUUCCCUCCCUACUUGGAGAUGGAGAGUGUAAUACAGGACAAUGCAUGGGUGGCCGACCCGCUAAACCACUACAGCAUAAGUUCAGUGUCUAAAAAGCACGGGAAGCUGAUCACCUUCUUACGCUCCUUCAUGAAGUCCCGGCCAACCAAACAGAAGCUGAAGCAGAGAGGCAUCCUCCGGGAGAGGGUGUUCGGCUGCGACCUCGGUGAACACCUCCUCAACUCGGGACACGAUGUGCCCCAGGUCCUCAAAAGCUGCACCGAGUUCAUCGAGAAACAUGGCGUGGUGGACGGCAUCUACCGUCUCUCUGGAAUCGCCUCAAAUAUCCAGAAACUACGACAUGAGUUUGACUCGGAGCAGAUCCCCGACCUGACCAAAGAUGUUUACAUCCAGGACAUCCACUGCGUUGGCUCGCUGUGUAAGCUCUACUUCAGAGAGCUGCCCAACCCCCUGCUCACCUACCAGCUCUAUGAGAAAUUCUCUGAGGCUGUAUCAGCUGCAACGGACGAAGAGCGGCUCAUCAAAAUCCAUGAUGUCAUCCAGCAGCUUCCUCCGCCGCAUUACAGGACCCUGGAGUUCCUCAUGAGGCACCUCUCUCGCCUUGCAGCGUUUAGCUACAUUACCAACAUGCACAGCAAGAACCUGGCCAUCGUCUGGGCACCCAAUCUGCUCAGGUCAAAACAGAUUGAAUCAGCGUGCUUCAGCGGUACAGCAGCCUUCAUGGAAGUCAGGAUCCAGUCUGUGGUGGUGGAGUUUAUCCUGAAUCAUGUGGAUGUCCUCUUCAGCACUAAACUGAGCACUCUGAUACGAGAGGGAGCAGGUCACAACUCACUGUCACGGCCCAAAUCCCUGCUGGUUUCUUCUCCCUCAACCAAACUCCUGAGUCUGGAGGAGGCCCAGGCUCGGACCCAGGCCCAGAUCAACUCUCCAGUCACUGAGGACAGCAAAUACAUCGAGGUGGGAGAGGGUCCGGCUGCCCUGCAGGGCAAGUUCCACACAGUCAUCGAGUUUCCCACUGAAAGGAAGAGACCUCCUAUUAAAUCCAAGAAGUCUCCUGUGGGGAGUUGGCGGUCCUUCUUCAAUCUGGGAAAGUCUUCCUCUAUGUCUAAACGUAAGCUGACCCGAAACCCCAGCGAGCCCAACGAGCUGAAGGCCAUGGCUCUGGCUGGAGGAAGAGGAGACACAGCAACACUAAGAUCAGCUAAAAGUGAAGAGUCUCUGAGUUCACUGCACAAUGUUGAAGGAGAGUCUAAGGUGUAUCGUCCUCGGCGGCCACGCUCCAGCAGCGAUGCCCUCUCUGCGUCCUUUAAUGGUGACCUACUUGACAGCCGGCAGCACUGCAACUCCUACGACAACCUGGACGGCACAGAGGACAGCGACGGAGAUGACGGGCCCAUCUGUGUGCCUGCCCUCAUCUCACCUCCGCGCUCAGCAGGUGAAGAUGUGGACCUCAGCCCGCCCGACAUCGGCAUGGCCUCCCUGGACUUUGACCCCAUGUCUUUCCAGUGCAGCCUGCCUGAUACGUCGUACGCCUUCCCUCUGGAUGACUCUUCGGCCGGGGCGGAGGGCUCCACAUUAAAGAGGAGCCCAGGCAGUAAGACCAGCGGCUCUGACCUUAUCUCUGCCACCUUCAUGAGCAGUCUGACCUCACCCUUACUGUCUUCUGACUUCCACCACGGAGAGAAAACAGAGACCAAGAAACUGACCACUUCUUAUUCUUACACUGAUAAACCCACACAGGCCGUGUCUCCCAUCAAAUGUGCAAAGAGUCUGAUGCCGUUUACCACUUCAGAGCUUUUCAUCACAGAGAAGCCUGACAAAAACACAGCUGCAAGCACUGUCUCUCCUCAGCCGUUAUCUCCUCCUUCAGUAGCCAAGGACUCUCCUCCGCUGAUGGGCAGUGUGCUGCUCAGGGCGGCUGAGCCUUCACUAAGUGAGGCUUUCCAAAUGGAGCUGCAGUCCAAGCUGGCAGCCUUUGACAACACGGACGGUCAAGAGCUGAAGAGAGACGACAGCAUACAGCCGGAGCCAGCUGCCAACAGCCAAGAGCAACAAGGAGUCGUAGCUCCGGACUCUUCAAAGGACCUCACCCCUCGUUUCCUCAGCUCUACGGCUCCCUCUGCUGCCCCUCCUCCUCCUCCCCCUCCUAAAAACGCUGCCCGCAUGUUGGCCCUGGCCCUGGCCGAGUCUGCUCAGCAGGUCUCCGUUCAGCCUCAGUCCUGGCCAUCUGAGCCACCCACACCAGUGUCUCCUCUGCAGACACAGGAGGAGUCUGACCUGCAAGACGGGACACAUCCAAAGGUUCAACAUCUCCACAGUUCCUCAGAGGACGGAGCAGACAGAGGAUGUUCUGUGCCUCCAAACAGCGCUGCUCCAACCACAACCUCAUCAUAUCCCGCCACUUCCAGUCCAACAGCCAAACCGCAGCCUCUCGAGUUAACCAGCACAAUAACCAAACCACCAGACAGUGCCAAGUCCUCCGCAACUCCACCAGCUCCUCAGCCAAACACAGACUCCAGCCCUCCUGACACUCCUCUUUACAAGUGUGCACCACUCCCCACUUCAACCAGUCUGACCUCUCCAACCAGUAAGAGUCCAGAGAGGCAGCACUCUGUACCAGUACAUGUCCCAGUCAACACCAGCUCCUCCAGCAACACUCCAGCUACAACCCCCAGUAGCAGCUGCAAAGACACCGGAGCCUUACCACAACCCACCCCUGAGGUCAAACCAGUUGAGACUGUUCCUCCUCCAGUCCUUCCCAAACCGUCAGAACAGCCUCCACCAAUGAUUAAAAAGCCCAAAAGACAGGCAGUGUCCCUGCCUCAGCAUCAGAAUCAGACUCAGCUUCAGAGCCAGGCUCAGAUCCAGCCUCAUUUCCAAACACAGACUCAUCCUCCGUCACAGCCUCAGACACCAGUCCAACCCCAAACCCAACCUCAGCCCCCCUCAAAGGCUAGCGCCAGAGUGGCCCCCACCUCAGCUGAGCCCGUGGAGAAGCCCUGGGAGGCCAUAAAGCCGGUUCAGCCCUGCACAGAGCCUGCUAAGUAUGGACCUCCAACUCCUCCUGUCCGCACCAUUGAGAGCAAACUGGCUACAGCAGCUCUCAGCAGCCAAAGUGAAGCCUCCUACCAUGUCCUCGCUGAGGGCCCUGCUCCUGGACAUCAUGAAGAAGCUCUGCCUCAUCAUCCUCUGUCUCCUCGUAAAUCUUCCACCCACCAGCCGGCCUACCUGUACCAUGCUAAAGCAGAACCAGUCUUGAUCGAGCCUCCAGGAGCUGCAUACUACCACCAGAGGCCUGUUCCUUUAGGACCACAGUCCCUGCCGCACCACUACAGACCUGACAGUGUCCCCCCACACCUCUCCUUUGUGUCUAAAUCUGAGCCCCAAAUCCCCUACAGCGCCCGACUGGACAACAGAUACAGCACUUUAGGCCCCAGGUCGUACCACCACUCCAUCAAGUCCAGAGGAAAUCCUCGCGGUGUUUAUGUGUCUCCGGGGCCUGGACAUCAGGGUUACAGCCACGACAGAACACAUGGCUACCCAACCAUCCGUAGAGUGCACUCACUCCACGUCCCCUCCACCAUCCGCUCUGUGCCCAUCCAGAGGACUGAAGUCCCUCCUGACGAUGACUUGUUCUUCUACCACCGACCCGUCUACCCCUGCAAAGCCUACCAGCAGCCCCCACAGCAGCAGUCCUCACAGGCAGACUACCACGUCACCCAGCUUCAGCCUUACUUUGAGAAUGGGCGGGUUCAGUACCGCUACAGCCCGUACUCUGGAUCAGGCCCCUUGGAGGCGCCUUACUAUGACAUUGAUCCGUAUGGCACCAUCCGAGUCCGCCACAUCCACUCCUACAGAGAUCCAGGAGCUAAUGCUGGCCGACAGGGUGGGAAGGCGACUGGGUACCACUACCUCGCUCGCCACGUUCUGCCUCCUGGGAAGGAGCACAGCUUUGUUAGCAGAGACAUGCCGCCUGGACACAUGAGCAAGGAGGCUCCAGCAUACCUCUCCUGGGAUCCUGAGGAGGCAGAGAGGCUCCGCUUUCACUCCAUCCGCAGAGAGAGUCGAGCCCGACAGAAGAUCAAAGGCCCCGUCCUCUCUCAGUAUGACAAUGUGGGCCUGUUCGCACCAGCAGAUAUAUCAGGAUAUGAGACGCUGCACCUGCGCAGCAAGUCUGACCCGGGUAAAGCUGCGCUGGCAGCAGCUGAGAGUAAAGAUGGCCGCUACCUCCCCAGACACAUGACGCAAGACCCCGAUGUCCUCCUGUACAUGGAGACUGACAAACAUGUGCAGGGAGACAAGUCAGAUGGCAAGCAAAGCACUUCCAAGAAAUGUCAAUCCUCCCACUCCCUCCCUUCAACUCUGAGCCAUGGUCUCUCUCACCAGCAGGAGAGCAGCCGACAUGACGCCAAGACUGCAGACGACAAGCAGGGCACAGACAGCAGCAGGUCCAAACACUGGCAGCAGGAGUACCCCAGUAAGAGGAGCUACACACCGCGAUACGAGUGUCCUGAUUCUGACCACAAAGGAAAGAGUGGAUACCACAGUACAGACGAGCAGCUGUCCGCCCCCAGAGAACAAGCGGCCCGCUCAAAACCCGAGAGAUCCCACAGCGUCAGAGAGCCGCACUACAGCAAACCUGAGCCAGACAGAGACUACUCCUACCAGAAACACAACAGCAAAACGGCUCAGUCCCACUAUGAUAACCUGGACGAUUAUCACCCAGUACCUCAGCCUCAGGGCACGCUUCACAAACGAGGAAGCUCGGGGUCGUAUCCGGCCCCUGGGUUCUCAGUGAAUCACAACAACAGAGCGUACUCCACGGCACUGGGCCAGGGGGCUUACAUCCAGACUGACCUGGCUCUGCCCCGGCCAGAGACAGAGAUCCGUACUGAAUGAAGCAUUUAACGUGUGAAACAAACUGUAUAGAAAAAGACUGAUGAGCGUCGGUCAAGCAGCCUCUGCAGGACAGCGGACUGUCGCAGCACCACUAUUUUUGCUCCUCUGUAUUUUUAAUGAAUUGUAAAGAAAAUUGUCUGACUUUUUACAGAAAGUCCUGAAUGUACCUGAAGUUAUUGUCCAAGAAGUCAUAUUGUUGUGAUCGAUUGAGACAUUAGCCAGUCAUAAAUGUAUAUGAUAUGAAGACAUAAGGUACAUAUAACAGGAAAUGUAAAAUAUAUAUACUGAAUAUAUAUAUAUAUAUAUAUGAAUAGAACCAAUAGAAAAAAGGGAUUUUUAGUUGUUUUUUAGGUGUGGGGCUGGGUACAAACAGGGAUUAAUGUUUGCAUUUUAGAAAUGCAUGCACUCGCUAUCUCUUACAGAACAGUUCUGUGUACUUCACCAUCCAUUACGUUCUUUCUGGAUGUUACAGCACAAGUUAAAGGCAGGUGAUCCAUGAAGGUUAUUGAGCCCUCUCUGCUUUAAUGUGCACAAGAAGCGGUACGAGCGUCCGUGUUUGUCUGCAAGAAUCUGACUGGGUGUGAGGUUUGUAAGGAGCUGGGAUGAGAUAUUUGGUUAAUUUAGUGUUUUUUCAUUGUCUUAUUUUUUGUGACUGUGCCAUUUUUAUGUAUCUUUGCUAUAAACACAUUUCAAUGACUCUAAUGGGAUGUUUUGGUACUUGUUUGUUAGGGACCAAAUGACUCGGCGCAGUUGUUGCACAUAACGGGAUAAAGAGGGGAAGAUGGAUGAAUGCCUGUUGUAGACGUGUAAAAGGUUGUUUUUUUUUUUUGUUUUUUUUUUUUAAAUUUUUUCAUCACAUUCACGGUACGUUCAUGAACUGGACUGACUGAAUAAAGCUGAAAACAUUCUCCUCUUAAACGACCUGGUGAAGAAAGUUUUGAAGCUGCUUUGGGGAUGAGCCUUAAAUUUUAUCCUUACAGACCACAUUUGUUUACUGUCAUCGUCAUGAUGCACAAACAUUAAGAUAUCUAGAUUUAAGACCACUUCAGAUAAUUAUUGACAGUUCAGGGUUGAGGGAGACUAACGGGGCUAUUUUAUAUCUCCUGGCUUGUUCUGAACAAUAAGGGAGGGUUUUUGUUCAUCUGGUUUGAAAUCGAUGUAUAGUACAUCCAUCUGGUAUUAUACUACCCCCUUGGGAUCAGCUUAAUGUAUGGAUAACUAUGUUUCAAAUCUGUCUAAAUCCAGGUUGUUCUCUGUAACUGUUGACUUCUAUAUCGCUUGCAGGUUUCGCUCCUCUUGCCUUAUCUAAAGCCUCUUCCUUUUCAGACGGGGCGACCAUUUAAGGCACCGUGUACUUGAAUGUGAAAACACUCUUGUCUCAAUCUAGAGGUAUCUAAAGUUAGAUAUGA